AUGGAUACCAAGGCUUCGCCAGACGUGCCUGCUCCAAAGGGCUCUCAAGAGGAUGGAUCCUUCAAAGGCGACACUGUUGUUAGUAACUCUGCAGUUCAGGUCCCUACCAAGUCUCGCAGGUCAGCCAUCACAGCAAUUCUGACAAGUGGCCUCGCUCUGUUUUCCGAUGGCUACAACGCGCAGAUCAUCGGAUACAUGAAUCCGGUCUUGGCAAAAUUGUACCCGGAUAGCUUCUCCAGCUCGAUCAAGACUCGACUCUCCAAUGCAUUCCUCAUUGGCGAGGUCCUCGGUAUGCUCUUCUUUGGUUAUGCCAUUGAUAGGCUUGGUAGACGGACUGGCAUCGUGUUUGCUACCUUGUUCUUGGUUCUGGGUAUUAUCCUCGCCACUGCGGCGCAUGGAAAGACUGAAUUGGGCAUGUUCUGGAUGAUGAUCGUUGGACGAGGUGUUGCUGGGUUUGGUGCUGGUGGCGAAUACCCUACUUGUGGUACAGGCAGUACUGAAGCCUCUGACGAGACUUCAUUUGUGAGACGCCGACGUGGACUCCUGGUCGCCGCCGCAACAGACUUCUCAAUCGACCUCGGAUUUGUCAUGGCCGGUGUCGUGGCAUUAAUCGUGCUCGCAGCAUACCAUCAACAUGUCGGUGAUGGCGUGUGGCGAAUCAACUUUGGUAUUGGCUUUAUCCUACCUGUAGCUCUUCUGUUCCUUCGACUUCGCCAGUUUGACUCGACGCAAUACAAGAAGCAUGCGAUCAAACAGGACAUACCAUAUCUGCUUGUGAUCAAGAGAUAUUGGAAGCCGAUGCUUGGAACAUCACUGGCCUGGUUUUUCUAUGACUUUGUGACAUACCCUUUCGGAAUAUUCAGCUCGACAAUCAUCGCCACUUUGAAUCCUGAGGACACACUUCAGCAGAACAUCGGUUUCGGUACAGUUGUGAACUGCUUUUACCUCCCCGGUUGCGUCGUUGGAGGACUACUCAUGGAUCGCAUCGGCCGUAGACAAACCAUGACUCUGGGUUUCCUUGGAUGGACGAUCCUAGGCUUUAUCAUCGGUGGCGCGCUUUCCCCGAUCCAGUCUGUGUUUCCCUUGUUCAUCGUUCUGUAUGGUAUCUUCAACGCGCUCGGAGAGAUGGGUCCCGGUGUCGCUACGUUUCUAUGUGCUGCGGAGUCUUUCCCAACACCCUUGCGAGGGCAUUUCCUAGGCUUUGCGGCAGCAGUCGGCAAGGCUGGUGCGGCGAUCGGAACACAGGCGUUCACACCAAUCCAAGACUCUUUCUCUGAUAAGCAACGAGGUAUCCAAGCUGUGUUUCUUAUCGGUGCCGCUUUUGCUGCAGUGGGUGGACUUGUUGCAUGGUUCCUCAUUCCAGACAAGGACAAGGAACUCGAGAGCGAAGAUGCGCAAUUUCGAUUGUACCUGGAACAGAACGGGUACAAGGGAUCAUUCGGUGAAGUGUCGAAGGACUAG